AUGGAAAAGAUUGUGGCGCGGGAAGAGGCGGCCCAAGCGACGGCGGUCGAGGCGGCACAGGUGGAGAAGAUACGCUUGGAGGUUGAGGAGGCGGCGCGAGCGGCACGGUCCGAGGCCGAGGCUGCGCGGUCUGCGGCGGAGGAGCGGGCGAGCGGGCUCGAGGAGGCGCUUCGACAGCGCGCCGCGCUGCUGCAGCAGCAGAAGCAGCGCCUGCUGCAGCGACUCGAGAAGGCGUGCGAGCGAGGGGCGACCCCGCUGGUCGAUUUCUUUUUGGAGCGCUUGUUUCUUUUUAUAGGCGUCCGAGCGAGGGGCAACCCCGGGCGCGACGCUCGGCACGGCGACACCGCCGAUGCGGCGCCGGAGGCUUCGCCCGAGGAGGGGAGGGGAGGCGCGAGCGCCGAGUCACCUCUCGACGGGGCGGGAGCAGCGGCGGCAGCGGCAGCAUCGCAGCUGGUUGGGCAGUGGCCGGAGGCUUCGCCCGCCGCCGCGAGCACCGGCGGUGGUCGGCUGGCCGCGGUCUGCUCGGCGGUGGAGGCGCACGCAGCGAGCGCGGAGGGCUGGGCGGCAGAGUGCGCGGCGUUGCGCCGCCGCUGCGAGAGCGCCGAGGAGGGGGCGCGCGCGGCGCUCGCUCUGUUGGCCGCCACGCAGCGGGUGGCGGCCGCCAUCGCGGCGGAGAGCCUUCGCGGCAGAACCGAGGGGGGCGCCGACGCGGCGGAGGGGGGCGUCGCCGACCACCCCGCUGCCGACCUCAGCCCGCGCGAGCACCGCAGCCUGAACGGCUCGCGUGAGCCGCCCGGCGCGGAGUGGAGAGCCCGGACGCAACUGAGUUUGCCAAUGGCUGCGCUGCUCGUCUCUGCAAGCCCGAUGGGCAGCAACCCCUUCACCUCCACCGUCGUCGCGCUCACGAGCAAGAACUGGCGCGAGCUGGAGAGCUCUCCGUUCCUCUGGCUCGUCAAUCUGACGCCCAAGUGGGAGAAGCUGGCCGGCGAGCUGAAGAACCUGGUCAAGGUGGCCUACUGGGAUACCGAGGCGAACGGUGCCACGCCGCCUCUGCUUGGCCAGAUCAAAGGCACGCCCACGAUCAAGGCGUUUGUGCCGUCUCGGAAGUCGGUCAAGAACGCCAAGAAUGUGGAGGAGUACCAGCAGGCGAGGGAGGUCAAGGACCUCGUCCGGUUCGCGACGUCGCGGAUGCCAAACUUUGUGGAGCGCGUCAAGACAGCGCAGGAACUUGAGGCGGCGCAGGCAGCGAAGCGGCGCGAGUGGGGCCUGCCGAUGGUGCUGAUCUUCAGCAGCUCCGGCGCCACCUCCUCGACGCUCAAGGCGCUCAGCACGGCGGACCUUUGUCUCGCGGGCAAGGGCGGCAGCGAGGUGGCAAGGCGGUUCGGCGUCACGGCGUUCCCGGCGGUCCUCGGCUUCCCCGCCGGGCAGGAUGAGCCCGUCGCUUUCGAGAAGAAGCCGACGUACAAUAUGCUCGACGGCCGCGUAGGCUUCUUCCGCAAGCUCGCCCUCAAGCAGGCGGUGCUGCGGAAGCCAAAGCCGGAGGCGACGGAGGAGUCGCUUGCCCCGCCCGUGCCUGUGAACAGUGUGCUCUUCACAGCUGCCCGCGUGGGACAGGCGCCCAAGGAGGAGCUCUGA